CAUUGAAUCGGCCCUAACGAUUCUCGGAUCGUCAUUAUUUGUAACCAUAGAGCAUGAAUUACCUCUUGAGGUCAUCAGCGAGAAUUUACGACUGGUCAACAAAAGCACGUGAUUCCCUAACGCCCCCCCACCCCCCUUCCAACCCCCCCCCAUAUUUGGCCGCAUACAUAGCAAAACGAAGUACAGUGCAUCGCUAUAAUUCAUUAAUACAUCAUAAAUCGUGAAGCACAGGGUUAUAACGACCACGAUCCACAAAUCAAGCCCUCCAAAAUCACCCAAAUGAGCUCGUACUUUGUAAACUCCUUCUCGGGGCGUUAUCCAAAUGGCCCGGACUAUCAGUUGCUAAAUUAUGGCAGUGGCAGCUCUCUGAGCGGCUCUUACAGGGAUCCCGCUGCCAUGCACACCGGCUCUUACGGCUACAAUUACAAUGGGAUGGACCUCAGCGUCAACCGCUCCUCGGCCUCCUCCAGCCACUUUGGGGCGGUGGGCGAGAGCUCGCGCGCCUUCCCCGCGCCCGCCCAGGAGCCCCGCUUCAGGCAAGCGGCUUCGAGCUGCUCCCUGUCCUCGCCUGAGUCCCUGCCCUGCACCAACGGCGACAGCCACGGCGCCAAGCCCUCUGCUUCGUCCCCCUCCGACCAGGCGACCUCAGCCAGUUCCAGCGCCAAUUUCACCGAAAUAGACGAGGCCAGUGCGUCCUCGGAGCCUGAGGAAACGGCGAGCCAACUAAGCAGCCCCAGCCUAGCUCGGGCGCAGCCAGAGCCCAUGGCCACCUCCACAGCCGCGCCCGAGGGGCAGACUCCGCAGAUAUUCCCCUGGAUGAGGAAGCUUCACAUCAGCCAUGAUAUGACCGGGCCGGACGGGAAAAGGGCCCGGACCGCCUAUACCCGCUACCAGACCCUGGAGCUGGAAAAGGAGUUCCACUUCAACCGCUACCUGACCCGGCGACGGCGCAUCGAGAUCGCCCACGCACUCUGCCUGUCCGAGCGCCAGAUCAAGAUCUGGUUCCAGAACCGGCGCAUGAAGUGGAAGAAGGACAACAAACUGAAAAGUAUGAGCCUGGCUACAGCCGGCAGCGCCUUCCAGCCCUGAGCCCGCCCAGAGGAGCCCAGCGGCCCAAGAGCCCAUGUCACCCCCAGCCCUGGCCCCUCCAAUCCUCCCCGCGCUGCCGCCGCCCGCUGGGGACCGGUUCCCACAAGCCUGCCUCGCCCCGGCCUUGUGUUACGAUAUUUCGUUUGGUCUUAGGUCUUCCUGUGGCUCCCUCUCUCCUGGACUGGUUAUCUUGUUAUUAUUGUUAAUAAUAAUAAUUAUUAUUAUUUUCCUUCCAUGCUCCCAACUCCCUUCUGCUUGCCCCAAAUCCGCCAGCGUUUCUGAAUGUUUGUGUCUGUGAUUGCAGUCCUUCCCCCAGGAAAAAAAGAAAAAAAAAAAAAAAGAAAAGAAAUUCGCAUGUUUAAUGUGAACUCUCCCCUCCCCAUCUGUGUUCUAACUUAUUUAUAAAAAGAUGAUCGCUGUAUUUUGAGUUUCAGCUGGAAACUUCUGUAAGGGGCAGCAGUUGAGGUGGGGUAGUGCGGCAGUGGGGCCAAGCUAAGCUGGCCUCGGAGAUGGAGUCUCUUUUCAUUCUCCUCUUCCUCUCUCCCCACUCCCCAGGCCCAAGUCUCCUAGGGGCUUGGUCCUAGGGUGGGAAGGGGCUAGGGAGGACCAAAGGGAUAAUAUUGAGAAGAGAGAAAGAAGAUAGUGAGAUUUAAGUUCCUGCUGCCUGGGUAGGCCCCGCAAGGCCUGGUCUGGGAGUAUACGGAAACAAAAAUGAUCCUCAGUGCAAAAUGUCUUGUGUAUUUCUCUGUGAAACCGUGGGUCCGGCUAGAGGGCCCAAAGCUUGUAAAUAUGGGGAUAGUCUGGGUCAGACCCAUCUCUCCCUUACCUAUUUUGCUUCCAAGACCAUUUGUAGUGAGCGAGUGGAUGCUGUGCUACGUGUGAAAUCUGUCUUUGCGGGGCCUGUCUCAGUGAUUCGCUUUUGGUAUUUGUUUGUAGCUUUCCUGGAAGUCAAAUAAAUGUUUCCCCCACUC